GGGCUCCGGGAGAAGCGCUUCCGGCGCGGAGGCUGUGACGUCUACAAUCAGCGCCGGGCUGUCCGGCGGGCGGGCGGUGGGAGAUGGCGGAGUAUCUGGCCUCCAUCUUCGGAACAGAGAAGGACAAAGUCAACUGUUCAUUUUAUUUCAAAAUUGGAGCUUGUCGUCAUGGAGACAGAUGUUCUCGGUUGCACAACAAACCAACAUUUAGCCAGACCAUUGCCCUCUUGAACAUUUACCGUAACCCUCAAAACUCUUCCCAGUCUGCUGACGGUUUGCGCUGUGCUGUGAGUGAUGUUGAGAUGCAGGAACAUUAUGAUGAAUUUUUUGAGGAGGUCUUCACAGAAAUGGAAGAAAAAUACGGUGAAGUUGAGGAGAUGAAUGUUUGCGAUAACCUUGGAGAUCAUCUAGUUGGAAAUGUAUAUGUAAAGUUUCGCCGUGAAGAAGAUGCAGAAAAGGCUGUGAUUGACCUGAACAAUCGCUGGUUUAAUGGACAGCCCAUUCAUGCUGAGCUCUCACCUGUGACUGACUUCAGAGAGGCCUGUUGCCGUCAAUAUGAAAUGGGGGAGUGUACACGAGGAGGUUUCUGCAACUUUAUGCAUUUGAAGCCCAUUUCUCGGGAGUUAAGACGGGAGUUGUACGGGCGUCGUCGUAAAAAGCAUAGAUCCAGGUCGAGGUCCCGUGAACGUCGAUCUAGAUCCAGAGAUCGUGGUCGUGGAGGUGGUGGUGGUGGUGGAGGAGGACGUGAACGUGAUAGGAGGCGGUCAAGAGACCGUGAAAGAUCUGGUCGAUUCUGAGCCAUGCCAUUUUUACUGUAUGUCUGCUAGAAAGUGUUGUAGUUUGACCAAACAAGUUCAUAAUGAGAUUUUUUUUAAAGAUGGGCUUCUGAAUAAAAAUUUGUAGUGAUACAGUAUUCUUUGUGUAACUUGUUUCUUGUGGGGGGAGUCUUUUUAAUUGUCAUUCUUCUAUCUUGACAAAUACCUGGAUUAACUAUGCCUGAAGGAAAGGUGGUAAAUGUAUUGGAGGAGCACCAGUUUUUUUUUGUUCAGGUAUGAUUUGAACUGUUGAUGAAAAUGUGUGUGUAUAUAAUAUAAAAUAUUAUAUACAUAGUAAAAAUAAUAUACUGCUUGAGAAACAGUUACUCACAUAAGUUUCCCUUUUCUGCUAUGCUGUCUGCUUAUUUAGGUUAGUUUAGGCACAUUUAAAAGAAAGGCUGUGCAAAGUGCAUUUAUUUACCAUGUAGAAAUGCUUAGUUAAGAAAAUGUAUGUUUGUUUGUUACCAGAAGUCUGUGCUCUGUCUAUCAAUGUGACUGUGGCAUUUACAAUAAAUCCAAUUCCUUGGUGUAAAAUCUAAAGCCUAUUUUCUAAGCACUCUGGAGUAGUUGAGUUGCUGCUCUUGGCUGUUCCAGAGUUCAUAGUUCAAUUUUCUAUGAUUCUUGAUUAAAUCCCUUGUCUUUGGCUAGAAGGAAAUUACCUAGUGCAGCGUGAAGAAUAAUAAUCUUAUUGCCGUGAAUCAUAAUAGGCAGGUGAGUUGUUCCAAAACUCAUGCUCCAUGCAGCAGGCUAUAUUUACAUAGGAUGUAUUGAAGGAAGUACAAGGUCCUAAAAUGAAAGGACCAAAUUUGUUAACAGAUUACGUUUUUUUCACUCUGUGUUCUCUUGGCUGUCCUUUAAUGGAAAGGUUUUCAUUAGUGUUCAGUAUCAUACUAAACUAACUGGACACUAGUGGAAAACAUGUCAUUUUUUCCAGCUUCACUCACUCGCAAGAGAUCUGAAGUGGGAUAAAUGGACAGAUGGGAGUUUCUUUACAAAAAAGACAUUUUUCUCCUGUCUUUUAACUGAAUUGCACAGUAGCUGUAAUUAGUAAGUUGUGCAUCUGUUAAGGAAUUAAAGCUCUAAUUGAAAUGUUGCUGGAACAUUUUGAGAGACAAUUUGUACAAUAGCUGACUUACAGUUUAAAUUCAUUCAUUUCUGCUUUUAUUCAACUUGCUUGUGAGAUAGCAUGAAGAUUUGGUUAAUGGUCUUAUUUCUGCAAGAUACAACUUUACAUACAUGAAGUUUCCUAAUACAACGUAGCUUUCCAGCAUAGGAGAGAACUUACUAGUGUUCUGUUAGUUCUCAGAGUAGGGUAACUUGCUAAAUGAUAAUCUGUUCCUUGAUUAUUUAAAAGGAAGUGCAAAGGAUUUGGAAGCGUUACAUAGCCAGAUUAACAAACCAGCUUCUCCCUCCAAAGUAAGCAUAAAACCAUUUGCUCACUGGAACUUGGAACUAGGAAACAAAAUACUGAAAGGUGGCUUUUUAAAAUUAAUCCGUCUUGCCUCUUUAAACUUUUUGCACCAAUUCAGAUUGAAUUUAUGUUUGUACUGAAUGGUUUUGUCAACCAGAUUAUGAAACUUCUUUUGCCAUUAGCCUUUUUAAAGAAAUGUGUAUCUACCUGAAGAUAGCUUCACUGUUUACAUUAUGUUACAAGUAAAUAAAUCAAAUUAUGCUUUCUUUUUUCACUUGAAGAAAUUGAACAGUGCCUAGAAUAGAUGGCGAAAGUGAAACCUGUGUAUUUCUGCUAGGCAUUAGGAAUUUAACGUUGAUAACUUAGUUCUUGUCAUUUACAGCAUAUUAAUCCAGUUCCGUCUCCUCUUCAGUGAGGUUUAGGAUUCUUAAUAAGCUAAUUUAAAUUUCAAGAUCAAAAAGGUGAGGAUAGUAUAAUGUUACUAUGUUUAAGACCCUGUUUUACACAGAGAUUAAUGAUGCAAGUUGAUUUGCUCUAUAAGCAGAUUAGUUUUAAACUAACAUAAAUGUGUCCCUCUAAUGGUGUUCACCAGUUUAGAUAAACCUUAUUAAACACCAGAUGUAUUUUUGUAUGAUAGCAGGAGUUGGAUUUCCCCUCCCCCAGUACAAUUUUUCUUAAAGCCCACUUGAAUUCCACUGAAUGCAUCAUUUUGUUGUCUGAUUCUACAGCUGCCUAAAAAUUAAUGACGUAACUGGAAUAUGUCAUCUAGGGCAUUGAAAGCAAUGGAUUUUACUGGAUACUCAAGGGAAGAAUAUCAUACAUUGAUCAUUUCCUGAUAGUCUGGUUAGUGACAGCAUUCAGCACAUAAACUAAGCUCAUAAUGUGUCUUUUGCUAGGUUCACCUUCUUGUACGACUGUACGCCACCAGUAAAAUGCAUCAAAUAUGAAAUUUAAACUGCACAAACUUGGUUAAAUGCUUACGCAUUUGUCCAAACUGGACAGGUUUAUCGACACAAAAAGUGGAAAUCCCACCUCCUUCUUCCAUUGUUGUUCACAAUGUCUUAGAGUAAGAAUUCCCCUCCUCCCAAAGGUAUCUACUUCUCACAAAUAUUUCAAUGUCAACUCUUCUGUUAAACAGUGGAUCUUAAUUUAUGGAAUUCCUUUACCUCAAAUAAGUGACAGCAUACAGUAUUUUCUUAAAUCAGAGUCAAUUUGAUUGAAACUGUUAAUCCCAAGUGGCUUCCUCUUACUUGUAUUUGGCUCUUAUUCUGUGAAAAUGCUGCUUGUCCAUGAAUAUGAUGUAUGUUGAGACUGUAAAACCAAAUGGAGAAAACUUGUUCAAAAUAAAGCCUUUUUUAUAAGAA